AUGAAAUCAACAGAAGCGAGUAAUAGUAACAACAAUCUGUUCUUCCUUGCGGUGAGCAAAAACAAAGCAACAAUUUAUGAAUACGAUGUUCGCUUCAGCGGCCGCAUAGUUGAUGAUAUAGAAGAGCAGAUCAAGCGAAGCGAAGAAAAUGGUGUGCCACUGCCCAGCGAAAGUGCCAAACGCGAAUGCGUUAAAGGUGAAUGCACAGAUGGGAAGCAAACAACCAAAAACAAUGGAACGGUACAACCCCCAACACAAGUAAAAAAAACGGGAAACAACAAAUUCAACAAUGAUUUUGUAAUUAAUCGAGGUAUUCGCAUUUAUAAAGAAUUUGAUGAUGUGGAAGUCGCCACUUGCACAAAUGAUUAUAAAAAAAUUAUUCUGGUGAAGAAGUCCAACUUGAACGUGGCAGAAAUGAUCGACCUACUACACGGGGAUGAUGACACGAAUAGGGGAGAGGCAUCCUCCUCAUUCCAAAUCAGGGCAAAGACGCCCAUAAAGGCAAUUUGUAGCAGCCCCAAGGAUAGCCACCUGGUGUUGUACUGCCAAUAUAAACCGGAGGUAUCACCACAUAAUUUGUUCGUGUAUAGAAUUGGCAAAGCAGCUGGAAAGAAGAAUAAAAAAAAGAAAUGUGAUGGGGCCGUCGGGGAUGGUAGCCACUGCGCGGAUGAAAAAACACCCAAUGAAAAGUACAGCAAAUUCCCCAAAAAAACGCCGAACACAGAUGGGAAGCAAAUGUCCGUGCAUGGCAACAACACAGAGGAUAACAGCAACAAUGAGUAUGGUGAUAGUUUUCAGCGGGAUGAUAACCCUGAUGAGAAGAUUCCCGUGCGUGUGGACACGCUCAAAAGUUACAGCAGCAAGAUGUGGCCCUUUUACAAAUGGAUCGAGAGUGAAUCUAUUUGUGCCAUUCGCAUCAACAACACUAUUUAUGUAUAUAAGGAGAACAACUUUUCAUCGUACGUGAGUAAACUGACCCUAGAGAAUUUGGAAUUUUUUGAUGUGUCCCCUGAGCAAAGUAAUAAAAAAGGAGGAGGAGAAGCGUUCAUCGCGACGUACGAAAGGGGCAGUAAAGGUAAGCCUUCCGUUUUUAAGCUUUUCAAAUCGUCUGAUUUAGGUAACCAUGUUUAUUCGAAGAGUUUUUUCAACUCCGAUGAGAUGAAGCUUAAAUGGAACAAAAAUGCCACUGCGGUGUUGUUAAAUGUACACACACAGGUGGAUAAGGAGAAGCAGUAUUACUAUGGAUUGAGCAAUUUAUUUUUUAUCGACACGACUAAAUUUAGCGAGGUGAACAUAAUGACCGAUCGUGGACAAAUCUAUGACUGCAUUUGGUCCUACAAUCAAAAUAAAUUUUAUGUUUGCAAAGGAGACAUUCCUGCAGAAAUUGUUCUGUAUGACAAAUGUGCUAACGUAGCGCAUUCCUUUGGAAGGCAUAAAUUUAACACCUUAAGGUUGAAUUGUUCAGAAAAGUUGCUUCUAACAGGUGGGUUUGGGAACUUAAGUGGAGACAUCACUUUGUGGAACACCUCCACAAAAAAGGAAGUCACCAAAACGAAAGCAUCCUGUGCAGUCCUAUGUGAAUUCUUUAACGAUGGGAAACAUUUCCUCACAGCAACUACCCACCCAAGACUUCGAGUGGAUAAUCAUUUGAAAAUAUUCACCCACGAUGGUUUCAUCGUUAGUAGAAUUAACUUUGAAGAAUUAUACAAUGUUACUAUUCUCCCUUUUAAUAAGAUUAAUUUUUGCGAAUCAGAUGCCUCGUUGGGAAUUUACAUGGAAAAUUCGAAUAAGCAACUAUACAUCCAUAAGCAGCUAGGUAUCGAUUCGAAGAAAACUGGCGUUUACCGUGCUCCUGGAACAUCCGCCACUGCGAGCGCAAUUUUAAGUGGGUUCAUGAAUGCUAAGAAGCCAACACAAAAACUAAGCAAACCCAAACCACCGGGUGCCAACUUCGUGCAGGAGAAGGAAAAGAAGACGACGACGUCGAAGAAGAAGAACAAAAAGAAGAAGAAUACACAAACGGAGGACAGCGCCCCACCGGGGGAGGCAGAAGAGAACGCCGAGGGGGACGAACCGUAG